CAUAAACGUCAGAAUUAGUUUCAAGGUUAACCCUUGAUAUCUUGUGCAAUUUUUGGAUUUCCGAUUUCCUUGUCAAAAUAUAAUUAAAUUAAACGCAUUUGAAAAUGGGAAACGCCAAUCAAAAAGUAGAAGCUGCGGCUCCAGUAAAGGAAAUAACAAAUCAAACUCAACUAAAUGACGAACAACCAAAAAAACUCAAACCUUGCUGUGCUUGCCCCGAAACUAAAAGAGUAAGAGAUGCUUGUAUCAUUGAAAAUGGAGAGGAGAAUUGUAGACAUUUAAUCGAAGCUCACAAAGAGUGCAUGCGCAAGGCAGGUUUCAAUAUAUGAACUGGUGUUCUCUUGAUUGUAGAUUUGUAUAUAAUGUUUUCUCAUUAAUUGGAAUGAUUUGUUAAUUUAUUAUUGAUAAUAAACUUAGACUACAUUCAA